GACAAAAAGGAAGACAAAAACUAAAGGCUUUUGUCCUUGCCGUUCCAUGCUCCAAGUGAGGACCUGAUUUAUCUCGUUUCUCUCUCUUUCUCUCAACGGAUCUCGAUCUCGCCGAGGAAGAAGAAGAAGAAGAAGAACAAUGUCGUCUUCCUCCUCAUCAAAGAAGCAAACCCUCUUCAUAUCGACACUCAUCAUCUCAUGGUACUCCUCCAACAUCGGCGUCCUCCUCCUCAACAAGUUCCUCCUCUCCAACUACGGCUUCAAGUUCCCCAUCUUCCUCACCAUGUGCCACAUGUCCGCCUGCGCCUUCCUCAGCUACAUCUCCAUCGUCUUCCUCAAGCUCGUCCCUCUCCAGCACCUCAAAUCUCGCUCCCAGUUCCUCAAGGUCGCCACUCUCAGCGUCGUCUUCUGCGCCUCCGUCGUCGGCGGUAACAUCUCGCUCCGUUACCUCCCCGUCUCUUUCAAUCAAGCCGUCGGUGCUACGACGCCGUUUUUCACCGCGCUCUUCGCGUAUCUCAUGACUCUUAAGAGAGAGGCUUGGGUUACCUAUGGUGCUCUUGUCCCUGUCGUUGCUGGUGUCGUCAUUGCUAGUGGGGGUGAGCCAGGGUUUCAUUGGUUUGGUUUCAUAAUGUGCAUUAGUGCUACAGCUGCAAGAGCCUUUAAAUCUGUUCUCCAAGGCAUCUUACUUUCUUCAGAAGGGGAAAAAUUGAACUCGAUGAAUUUGAUGCUGUAUAUGUCCCCUAUAGCUGUUGUUGCUCUUCUUCCAGUGACGCUAGUUAUGGAACCAGACGUGAUCAGCCUGACCUUGACGCUUGCAAAGCAGCAUCAGUACAUGUGGAUACUUCUCCUAGUCAACUCGGUUAUGGCAUAUUCAGCCAAUCUGUUGAAUUUUCUAGUUACAAAACACACAAGCGCCCUCACUCUCCAGGUUCUUGGAAAUGCUAAAGGAGCAGUUGCGGUGGUGAUAUCGAUCUUGAUCUUUCAAAACCCGGUUACAGUAAUGGGAAUUGGCGGGUACUCCAUAACGGUUCUUGGGGUGGUUGCUUACGGAGAGACGAAACGCAGAUUCAGAUGAACUAUUCAGUUUCAGCAACAUAGCGCGCUUCACACUCCCUAUGUUUGGUUCUUCAUCUGUUUUUUUUUUUAUCAAGACUCAUUAAUUAGUGAAUUUUUUUUUGUAACUAUUUCUUAUUAAUAUACGCACUAUAUAGAAUUAUAUGUAUCAGACUAUGUUAGAUUCUAUGAUGAGAAGCCCAUUGUUGUUCAUCUCCA